AGUGAAAAAGAUUGGACACUUUCCGCAAACGUUGAGAAAAAUAUAAACGGAAACGCCUAAAAACAAGGGGAGAUUUUAUUUUAUUUUUUUACAAUAAACAGAUAAAAAUAAAAUUGUUUUGUUGCGUAAAAUUGUUGCAUUGGGUAUCAUUUUGUUCAGUGUUCGUGGUGGGAGUAGCCAUGAAUGGCGAGGGAAGUGAAGCAAUGCAAGUGGAGAAGGAGAUGUUGGUGUACAUGUGGGGUUACCUCCCCGGAGCUCUGCCGCAGAGGACGCCGCUGCUGACGCCCGUCCUCGUUAGGGUUCCGCCGUCAGGUUACUCUUGGAGUGAUGUUUGCGGCGGCGGUUGUGGAUUUGCCAUGGCUAUGUCUGAGCCCGGAAAGCUCAUAACAUGGGGUUCAUCAGAUGAUUUAGGCCAAAGCUAUGUUACGUCUGGCAAACAUGGGGAAAUUCCAGAGCCUUUCCCUCUUCCAACUGAAGUGACUAUUGUAAAAGCUGCAGCUGGAUGGGCGCAUUGUGUUGCUGUCACUGAUUGUGGAGAAGUUUAUACAUGGGGAUGGAGGGAAUGUGUCCCCUCUGGGAAGGUGUUUGGUGAAUCAUUAACUGGGGUGAACCCUGAAAAGGAUGUACCGGGAAGGCAAACCUUAUUCUUGACGGAGCAAGUAAGCCCUCAUUCUCAAGGCUCAAAGUCUACUGGAGGAACUGCUUCUAGUACCAGUGGAGAAGAAAGUACAAAGAGAAGAAGAGUGUCUUCAUCAAAGCAAACAGCUGAAACCUCUUCUUCCAGUGAUGAUACUCUGAUAGCGUUGCCGUGUCUUGUCACACUAAACCCAGGCAUAAGGAUAGCAAGUGUUGCUGCUGGUGGUCGCCAUACCUUAGCAUUGUCAGUUUCAGAUAUAGGACAGGUGUGGGGUUGGGGCUAUGGAGGUGAAGGUCAGCUUGGUUUGGGUUCUAGAAUACGAAUGGUGUCCUCUCCUCAUCUAGUUCCUUGUAUUAAUACCUCUUCUUAUGGUAAAGAUAUGCCGUUGUCACUGGCUCGAGGAAGCAUGAGUUCAGAUGGACAAAAUUUCAGAGUACCAGGAACUUGUAUAAAGGCAAUUGCCUGCGGAGGUCGACACAGUGCAGUAAUAACAGAUGCUGGAGCUGUGCUUACAUUUGGUUGGGGACUCUAUGGACAGUGUGGGCAAGGAAGUACAGAUGAUGAACUGAGUCCGACUUGUGUAUCUUCCUUAAUGGGUAUUCGAAUAGAGGGGGUUGCUGCAGGACUGUGGCACACUGUGUGUACAUCUGCUGAUGGUGAUGUUUAUGCAUUUGGUGGAAACCAGUUUGGGCAGCUGGGAACUGGCUCUGACCAAGCUGAGACUAUACCAAGGCUCCUGGAUUGUCCGAGCUUGGAAAAUGUCAACGUUAAGAGGAUAUCUUGUGGGGCGCGCCACUCUGCACUAAUAACAGAUACGGGAAAAGUCUUCUGCUGGGGGUGGAACAAGUAUGGACAGUUGGGCCUUGGGGACGUGAUUGACCGUAACAUCCCUUCUGAAGUCACCAUCGAAGGUUGCUUAGCUAAAAACGUUGCAUGUGGCUGGUGGCAUACUCUUCUUCUGGCCGAGUCCCCCACUUGAUGUCAUGUCAUGUCAAUGCUCAUGACCCAAUUUUGUUAGCUAGCUGUUCUUUUGUUUUGUAAGACCAAGAAGCCAUAUGCAUAUGUACAUAUAGUAGUGGUAUACAUAUGACAUAUGUAUAUAUACAUGCUUGCAUUCUUUCAUGGUGUGAUUCAUCAUAUCAUGACUGCCUAUCCAAUACUGAUUUCUGGUUUGGGAAGGAAAAUAUUGUGUCCUUUUCAUCUAUGUAACAAUUAGUCUUCAUAGUGUA